AUGAGGUCAAUGAAAGGAAAUCAAAGCAACAUACGGACGUUUAUUCUCAUGGGCUUUUCUGACUACCCAGAGCUACAGGUCCCACUCUUCCUGCUCUUCUUGCUCAUCUACACCAUAACAGUGGUUGGGAAUGUGGGGAUGAUGAUACUCAUCCACACAAACCCCAAACUUCACACCGUCAUGUACUUCUUCCUCAGCCACUUGUCCUUUGUUGAUUUCUGUUAUUCCACUGUAGUCACACCUAAACUCUUGGAGAACUUGGUUGUGGAGGAUAGAACCAUCUCUUUCUAUGGCUGUAUCUUGCAGUUUUCUUGUGCCUGCAUUUUUGGUGUAGCGGAGACCUUUAUGUUGGCAGCAAUGGCUUACGACCGCUUCGUGGCAGUUUGUAAACCCCUGCUCUAUACUGCUAUUAUGUCUCCCCAGCUGUGCACCUUUCUGGUGGCUGGAUCUUAUACAUGGGGCAUAGUGUGUUCCCUGACACUCACAUAUUUCCUUCUUGCACUAUCCUAUUGUGAAUCUAGCAUCAUCAAUAACUUUAUCUGCGACCACUCUGUGAUUGUGUCUGUCUCCUGCUCAGACCCCUACAUCAGCCAGAUACUAUGUUUUAUUAUUGCUGUUUUCAAUGAGGUCAGCAGCCUGCUGAUUAUUCUGACAUCAUAUGUGUUCAUUUUCACCUCAGUUAUACAGAUUCCUUCUGCUAGUGGGCGUCAGAAAACAUUCUCUACCUGUGCCUCCCACCUGACUACCAUCACUAUCUUCCACGGUACCAUCCUCUUCCUCUACUGUGUUCAUAAACCUAAAGCUUCCUGGCUCAUUGUUAAAGUAGCUUCUGUGUUUUACACUGUGGUGAUUCCCAUGCUGAACCCCCUGAUCUACAGCCUGAGGAACAAAGUCGUGAAAGAGACAAUCAGAAAAUUAGUCCUCACCAAGUCUCAUUGUCACCCCAUUUCUUACAUGUGUUAUUUUAUUUCUAAAAUUUGA